AUGUUUACUUUAUUGAAGCUUUUGGUGACAAUGCAUCCAAAAAAUAUCAAACGGUUUGCAGAUCUCAUGGCAAAAAGCUCACAGCUUCACCUGUCCUGGACACAUAAGAGAUGUCUACAGUUAAAGACCAUAGGCAUAUCACAAACACACACUUGAAAAUCAUAAGAUAGGACAUAAAAAGCUUUCUUGGAAGACAAAAAAAACAACAACAACAACAGCAUGCCUGCAGAAAGUACUUUAGGUAUUUGCAUCCGCACGAGUAUCUUGUGACAAUGUAAACUUUUGUCAAAAGAACUUUGAAUUUGCUUUGCUAAUGAACAUACAUGUAUACCCAUAAAUACUUGAGGCCUCAUCAUUCAUGGUUUAUACUUUUGAGGGACAACAACAACAACAUUAUCCAGAGGAUAAUGCUCUUGGCCCACAGACUGUCUUCAUGCAAAUUUCACAGUUGCGCCAGAUACCUACGUAUAUGUACAGUGCAUGCAGCUCAAAACAAGAGUCCAAAAAAUGCGUGUGUGCAAUUUGUACCUCUGCAUCUGAGUGUGUGUGUAUCUCUGACACAUCUGAUUAGUAUACAUGUAUGGGCCAGCUUUAUACCUCUUUCACAAUGGUGUCCUAUUAAUAUAUAUUUUUUUAUACGUGUGAUAAAUUCAGGCUUUCUGACCUCGUUUGAAAGUAAGAAUUGUUUUGUAUUUUGCACAUGUUAACAAGGUCAGAAAUGGUUAUUAUAAUCCUAUAAAAGAAUACAUAUUUAAUAGGCCACCAGAUUGUAAAAUACGUCUAUUGUCUACUUAUUGCUCUUAUUUUGUGAAAGGUUUGAACCCAGGAGUCAUUUCAUAAGUAGGCUGAGUAUGUUUGUCUGGGUGAACGUAGUCCUGAAUGUUGACAGUUACUGACGUUUCAAUAACCUGUGCAGUAUUCAUCUUCUGAGUGACUCUGAAGAUGAAUACUACAGAUUGUCGAAACGCCAGUGACUGUCAACAUUACAGUCCUAUUCUGGACUAUGUUCACCUGGACAUUUAUGCAUAACCUUCUUUUGUUUUUAUUUUGUUGUUAGUUUUUGUGGACUUUAUUGUAAGUCAUUACAUCUUAAACAGUGGGCAUUAACUGAGGAACUGUAUACAAGUAAACACACAUUUAUCUUCCUACAAUGUAACUCAAACAUUUGAACAAGCAUCCACAUCAUUGGCACUAAUAUAAACGAAUCUUUGGCUAAAUGUAAAUCAAUCAAAUAGUGAGAUUUUUGCUACAAAUAAUUUGAGAGCAAUGUUCUACGAGUGAGAGACUUUCAUUAUAGUACCGUAUGUUCUUAGUGAGAUUCUCACAAUAGAAAGAUUAAAGGGGCUAUGCCACACUAUUUUCUAACUUCCAAAAAUAAUGGUCCAGUUUUGUUAUGCACAGCUAUUAAAUAUAAAUUAGGCAUUGAAACAAUAUCCUAUCGACCUUUGUCACACAACGGCCAUUUUGUUCCAGGAGAUUUAAAAAGCUUUGUUUUUGCACAGUUAGCCUAGCUGGCAGUGAGAAUGAGGCUAGCUGUGCAAAUACAAAGAUUUUUUAAUCUCUUGGAACAAAAUGGCUGGUUGGUGACAAGGGUUUAUUGUCUGUAGCUAUGAAUGGCAAGGAUAUAGAUGUUGAUUAAAACUUGAAAAAGUUGUGCCACCCUUUUCAAGUUUCAAAGCAGGCUUUGUGCCUGCAAAAAUUACAAUCAUAAAAAUUGUUCAGGUUAGCACUCCAGGGUCAAAAUUUUGGUUAUCUUCUUUAAAACAGGUACAAGUAUUUGUUUUAUGGCUUAAGGGGUUCUGAUGUAUAUGUAAGCUAUCCAUGAACAUGCUAUGGUACAACUAGGCAUCAUAAUAUUAUUGCAUUAAAGAAGGUAGUGUCCAAUAGCUCUGGACUAGUGGAUUUUGCUAUUGCGCUAGUGGAUUUCAUUCUUAACUUGCCCACUGUGCAGGACAGUGAUGUUUUUUGAGGGAUUAAAAUUACAGUCUAAGAACUGUGAAAUCAUUGCAGUUACCUCAUCAAAAAGUGUUUGGGGCUAGCUGAAAUGACCUUUGGGCUAAUGCCCAAACGAAAAGCUGUAUAUAACUGACUUUCUUUGCACCCUGCUGAUGUUAAUUCCCAUUAGACUUCACAGUUCCCUAUUACUCCAUAAAUACUGUAACUCGCGUUCAUGUAGGGUGCGAAUGUACCAAGGGGGGAGGGAGUGCGAUCCAAGUUCACAGAAGUUAAAGUGGAAGGAAUUUCUUCACACCUCCUGGAUGUGAGCUACAGUGAUGUGAGGACAGUCCCCCUAUUCCCCCCAAAUCAGUGAUCCUAUACUGCCCCCCCUCCUCCCACCCCCAGUCCCAGGGUAGAAUUGAUACUCAUCCCUGGGUUACACUCAGACCAUGGGUAAAUUAAAGAUAAAAGAAAGGAAGAAAAAGAGUGAUUUUCUAAUGUGUUUAUGUAAAGUAUAAAAGUACAGAGGAAGUGGCAAAUUGACUGGGUUGAUUAAGCUGUUGCUGCCAAUCUCACUUGCUGCCUCAUUUAUAUACCCUGUGUGCCUCCAUAAGGCCUUAAAGCCGUCCAUUUCACUACUCUAUUUUAGACAAGAGACUCUCCAACCCAUAUUUAGGCUAUUGAAUCCCCCCUCACACACACAUGUACAUGUACACUGAUUGAAAUCUCCCACAUUUUACAGCCUGUUCAAGGCAGCACCCUGUUUGAGAGGCUAAUGGCAAAAUUGUGUACUCAGUUUGAAGACUCUCAACCCCCCAAACCCAUACCAUGUUCAGUGCUGUUACCCAUUAAGGCUAAAUACGGGAUUGCUUUCCCCUGGGCUGCAAAGACAGUAUAACUCUUCAUUACUUCUUGUUUUUGCCUUAGGUGUCCUUGUCGCUGCUGGAGAUGUCAUCACCCAGCAAUUUGCUGAGCGAAGAGGCACAAGUCAUGACUUCAGAAGAACAGCUCGUAUGGGCGUGGUUGGACUAGUUAUUGGCCCUGUGCUAAGAUCAUGGUAUCUUACACUGGAAAGGAUUAUCCCUGGGACUGCCAAAACUGCCGGCUUUAAAAAGAUGCUGUUGGAUCAGAGUCUCUUUGCUCCUGUUAUGAUAUGCUUCUUUUUUAGUGUGUCAGAGACACUUGCUGGAAAACGACCACAUGAAAUUAAAGAGAUGCUCCAGGAACGCUACGUACAGACACUGAUCACAAAUUAUAAGAUCUGGCCCCUUGCACAGACUCUGAAUUUUACGUUUGUUCCUAUUCAGCACCGUGUUGGCUUUGUCCAAAUUGUAGCAAUAUUUUGGAAUGCAUACUUGUCAUGGAUGGCUAACAAGCCAUCACCUGAUGCUGCAGCCUUAACUGUUAAGGAUUCUUUGGAGCUGGUUCAGUGA